AUGGCAUCUAGAAAAGCAAUUUCCUCUGUGGCCACUAAGAAUAAUCAGGAGAUACGUUCGGUAGAUCUCCUUUCUGCCCGUGGACGCCACCGAGUAAGCAUCGUCGACGUCUCCCCCGCCUCCACUGCCGUCGUGUCUAAGUCAGAGUCACCCAAAGAGCCCGAACAGCUGCGGAAGCUCUGCGUCGGAGGUUUGAGCUUUGAAACAACCGAUGACAGUCUGAAGAGCCAUUGUGAGCAGCGGGGAGCGCUCACAGAUUGUGUGGUAACGAGGGAUCCAAGCACCGGGCGCUCCAGAGGCUUCGGGGUCGUCACGUAUGCCACUGUGGAGGAGGUGGAUGCGGCCAUGAAGGCAAGGCCACACGAGGUGGAUGGAAGAGUUGGGGAACCAAAGAGGGCCGUCUCAAGAGAAGAUUCUCAAAGACCUGGUGCCCACUUAACUGUGAAAAAGACUUUUGUUGGUGGCAUUAAAGGAGACACUGAAGAACAUCACCUAAGAGAUUAUUUUGAACAGUAUGGGAAAACUGAAGUGAUUGAAAUCACGACUGAUCGAGGCAGUGGCAUUGCGUUCGUAACCUUUGAUGACCAUGACUCUGUAGACAAGAUUGUCAUUCAGAAAUACCACACUGUGAAUGGCCACAACUGUGAAGUAAGGAAAGCCCUAUCUCAGCAAGAGACGGCUAGUGCCUCAUCCAGCCAAAGAAGUCCAAGUGGUUCUGGAAACUUUGGUGGUGGUCGUGGAGGGGGUUUUGGUGGGAAUGACAGCUUUGAUCAUGGAGGAAACUUCAGUGGUCGAGCUGGCUUUGGUGGCAGCCGCAGUGGUGGUGGAUAUGGUGGCAGUGGGGAUGGCUAUAAUGGAUUUAGUAACAAUGGAAGCAAUUUUGGAGGUGGUGGAAGCUACAAUGAUUUUGGCAGUUACAGCAAUCAAUCUUCAAAUUUUGGAGGAAACUUUGGAGGCAGAAGUUCUGGCCCCUGUGGUGGUGGAGGCCAAUACUUUGCCAAACCCCCAAACCAAGGUGGCUGUGGUGGUUCCAGCAGCAGCAGUAGCUGUGGCAGUGGCAGAAGGUUUUGAUUACUGCCAGGAAACAAAGCUUAGCAGGAGAGGAAGCCAGGGAAGUGACAGGGAAGCUACAGGUUACAAUGGAUUUGUGAGCUCAGCCAAGCACAGUGGUGGCAGGGCCUAGCUGCUACAAAGAAGACACGUUUUAGACAGUGCUCAUGUGUAUGGGCAAAAACACUCGAGGACUGUAUUUGUGACUAAUUGUAUAACAGGUUAUUUUAGUUUCUGUUCUGUGGAAAGUG